AUGAAAAUGCCACCUAUUAGCAUCAAUGCAAUUGCUGCACCUUCAAGCUCCACGCCCUCCCCAAAUCCAACAGACUGCACUGCAUCAGCCCCCGUCACAAGGACACCACCACAUUUGUCAAAGGGACCAACACAUCGAGCAACGAUCAAGAUUGUCCAGCAGCCGCUCCAUGCACGGAUGUGUGGAUUUGGCGAGAAGGAUCGUCGGCCGAUUGAUCCUCCACCAAUUGUCCAGCUGAUCAUCUUGGACGAGCCCGACUACAAUGAGGUCAAGGCUCCCCCUAAACCAAUUGCCCCUGUCAAGCCACGGAAGAGUAAGCGCAAGGGCGCAAAGCGGGGUCGGAAACCGGGCAAAAAGACCCUGGAACGAAUUGCUGCUGCUGAAGCCGCUGCUGCUGCUGCCGCUGCCGAGGCUGCUUCUAGGAGUUUGGAGGAGGAAGAGGAGGAGGAGGGCGAGGACGACAAUGACGAUAUCGACCAUGGUGAUGUGCUUCAGACGCCAGGACAUGCCCGGGACCUGAAGGACAAGCAUCCUUCCUCGGACUCUGGGAUUCCCUCCCCACCACAGCCUCGGCGUCGAGGUCGACCCUCCCGCGCCAGCAUUUCAGAACUUCAAUUGGCAAGCAGGAAACACGGUCGCGACCUUGACAAGAAGGAGGAACCCAACGCAAAUGAAGAUGACGACGACAGCGACCAAGAAUGGCCCCGAUACGAAGGAGGCGCAGAGGCUCUCCAACAAGACCCACUAUACAUCCUCCAAGUCUCAUUAUGGUCCGAGGAUGGCACCAAGGUUCGGAACAUGAUUGCGACCCCGGGACAGACAGACCCUCCACGGCUGACCAGGAUCCUGAUGGGCGCGUUGGUGGUUUCGCCCACAUUGCUUCUCAACGAGGAUAAUCAGUUGGGGUGGUAUUUCAGUUUCCCUGAUCUCAGUGUCCGUACCGAAGGUGUUUACACCCUCAAGUUUUCUCUUAUGCAGUUCGCAAAUUUUGAAUUCGACGAGAAGGGUGGGAGCUAUGCAUCAAUACUGAUCGCAGAGGAGACGAGUGAGCUUUUUACUGUCUACUCAGCCAAAAAGUUCCCAGGAAUGACAGAAUCGACAGAGUUGUCAAAGGCGUUUGCGAGACAGGGUCUGAAGAUCCCUGUCAGGAACGAUCUGCGGGUUCGAAAGGUCAAUGAGGGGACUCCUCCACUCUUCAGUACAACAGCACAGCAUGAAUGA